AUGGGUCGCGGUCCUAAGAAGCAUCAGAAACGCCUCAGCGCGCCUUCGCACUGGCUGCUGGACAAGCUCUCGGGCGCCUAUGCCCCGAAGGCGUCCCCUGGUCCUCACAAAACCCGCGAUUGCCUGCCCUUGAUCGUUUUCCUCCGAAAUCGUCUCAAGUAUGCUCUCAACGGCCGUGAGACCAAUGCUAUCCUCAUGCAGCGCCUCAUCAAGGUUGAUGGCAAGGUCCGCACCGAUGUUACCUAUCCCGCUGGCUUCAUGGAUGUCAUCUCGAUCGACAAGACUGGCGAGCACUUCCGCCUGGUCUACGACACCAAGGGCCGCUUUGCUGUGCACCGAAUCGAACAAGCUGAGGCAGAGUACAAACUCGGCAAGGUCAAGCGUGUCCAGAUUGGAAAAGGAGGAAUCCCAUACUUGGUUACGCAUGAUGCUCGCACUAUCCGAUACCCCGACCCGGCCAUCAAGGUCAACGACACCGUCAAGAUCGAUCUCGCAACCGGCAAGAUCACCGACUUCAUCCGAUUCGACACUGGUGUGGUAGCCAUGGUUACUGGUGGUCGUAACAUGGGUCGUGUUGGUGUCAUCACUCACCGUGAGAGACACGACGGUGGUUUCAACAUCGUUCACAUCAAGGACGCCAUUGACAACUCCUUUGCUACCCGUGAAAGCAACGUUUUCAUCAUCGGCAAGGAGAAGCCAUGGGUCAGUCUGCCCAAGGGCAAGGGUGUCAAGUUGUCUAUCGCCGAAGAGAGAGAUCGUCGUCGUGCAGUCGCUCUCGCCAGCGGCCAUUAA